CCCUCCGGGGGUGCAGAGCGCGCCCGCCCGCCCGCCCGCCAGACCGAGUCCCGGCGCCGCAGGAGUUCGAGGCCGGGGCCGGCAUGGAGGCGGUGCUGCUGGAGCACUUCCCCGCCGGGCUGGACUCCUUCUCGGCGGCGGCGGCGGCCUACUUCGACCACGAGGACUUCUUCGGCGACCACUCGUCCCGCGACCCGCUGGAUGGCGACGACCUGCUGGACGGCGACGAGGGCGACUUCCCGGACGCGCCCUUCCACGCCUGCUACCGCGCUGCCGGGCCCGGCCAGGGGGGUCCGGCGCAGGGCUCCUUCUGCUGCGCGGCCGGCGCCUUCGGGUCGCCGCCCGCCUCGCCGUCGGACCUGGGCUCCCCGUGCUGCGGGCGGGCGGCGGGGAAGGCGCUGAGCGCGGCGCGGCGGCGGCGCCGGGUGCGCUCGGAGACCGAGCUGCAGCAGCUGCGCCAGGCGGCCAACGUGCGCGAGCGGCGGCGCAUGCAGUCCAUCAACGACGCCUUCGAGGGGCUGCGCUCGCACAUCCCCACGCUGCCCUACGAGAAGCGCCUCUCCAAGGUGGACACGCUGCGCCUCGCCAUCGGCUACAUCAACUUCCUCAGCGAGCUCGUCCGCUCCGACCUGCCCCUGCGCAGCGCCGGCAGCCACAGCCCCGGCCAGCCCAAGAAGGUCAUCAUCUGCCACCGCGGCACCAGAUCACCUUCUCCAAACGACCCAGAUUACGGACUUCCUCCUCUGGCUGGACAUUCCCUAUCCUGGACUGACGAAAAACAGCUCAAGGAACAAAACAUUAUAAGAACUGCUAAAGUUUGGACUCCAGAAGACCCCAGAAAGUCAAACAAACAGCCUUCCCUUAACAACAUAGAAAACGAGCCCCCGUUUGACUUCCUACCCUGAAACAGAAAUGCUGUUUCUCCUGUAAAUAGAACAAUAUUUACACCUGUAUAUUUGUACCUAAAGACUUCUAUUUUUAAAGGUACUCUACAAUACAAAAAGGUCUCCUAAUGGCAAUCAACGUUUUAUUUAUCUAUUUAUUGCUUAGAUUUUCUGAAACAGAACUGUCCUUUUGAAUGUAUAAUUUAUAUAAUUUAUCUUAAUUAUAAAAUAUGCAAUGAUUAGAGUUCCUCCUGCCGGACUAUUCGGACAAAUCUUUGGCUGGAAAAAGAGAACUCUUUCUCAAAAACUGUGAAGAUAAUUUAUUGACAUGUGAUGAAU